AUGGCUCCAGUAAUUUCCAAAAAGCAGCUUGCUGAGUCCCCUCUCAAGAAGACCAUGGUUGAACAUGUUCCUCUGUACAGCGGGAGCCCUUCAGCGCAACCACGAAGCCCCAUCAGAAAGCGAACGCCGGGUGCUAUCACGAUGCAACAAAAACAAGCUAUGAUCGAUAACAUGCAACUCGAGAUUACAGAACGCGCUCGUCGAUUAAGAGCCCAAUACAAUUACAUGGCAACAACAGUUCGCUCCCGUAUCGAAAUGCGACUCAACCGCGUCCCCAUGUCAAUGAGGAAUAUGAAGAUGGGAGACUUGCUACAGAAAUUCGUGGAUCAGGAGCAACAACGAGCCGCGAAAUCGACCUCUACGCGAAAACAAACAGCAACAUGGGCAGCAAGCCCGCCAAAGCAGAUUCAAUCGGCGGCUAAUAAUUUGAAACCCGCCCCACGCACAAAGAAGCGCAUGAGUGAUGCAAUCUCAGGAGACAAGGAAAACGAGGUUGAGCAUACCGAGACUGCUAAGAAGAGGGCUCGAGCUGCAACAACCACGGACGUGUCACAUGCCCGAUCAGGGCAAAUCUUGUCGCCAACAUCCUCCAACUCACGAAUGGCAAAUCGGCCUCCAUCACCUACUAAGUCUGGUAUUGCAAGACCAGCUUCACCACUGAAGCGCCCGGCUACAGCUUCUGGUAUGCUGUCAAGCAUGGUGGAGAAGGCAAAGGCGACGCGAGCUGGCGCUGGCGCUGGCGCUGGCGCUGGACGCAAGAUGACGACAAACUCUACCACAAGCUCAAUGUCGACCAACAGCACUACUGCUGCCACCAGAAAUAAGAAAGCAGUACCAGCAACAAGUACUACUUCAAGAGCGCCUACUUCUCGGCCAGGUACACGAACAACGCGUAGAUCCAUUGCCAACAGCGAGUCCAGUGAGUCGAGCAAUGGCACCGUGAUAAGGAAGGGACCCGCAACCAAGAGUGCUCCAGUCAAAAGGGGGACAGCAUCGCGUAAGGGGACGACAGGGGCAGUUCGCAAAACAACAGCGAAGAGCAACCCUUCAACUGCAAGCACGGGUACAGGACGAACUUUACGAAAACGAGCAUAG